CCCUCCACCGAUGCCCAGGACGUCAUCGUCACAGGCUCCUUCGACGGGUGGUCGAGCUCGACCCACCUCGCCAAAACGCCCGCGGGCUUCGAGGGCACCGCCCGCGUGCCCUUCGGCACCAAGGUCGCGUACAAGUACGUCGUCGACGGCCGCUGGACCACCGCGGACGGCCAGCCCACCGAGCUCGACCCCAUCGGCAACCUCAACAACGUCUACACCGCCCCGCCCGCGCCC